AAAAAAUCGAAUUCAUUCCAAAAACAAAAAUCGCGUGUUUUAACCAAUAAACCCUAUAAACAACAAAGCUCAGUAGCUGGGUCUUUGAACAAGUUGGAGUUGUGAGAAAGUCAUCAUCAUCAUCAAGCACCCUAUUCUCCUUUUCUUUGACAGGAAUCUGAUUCCAACACUUUAAGAAGAUAAAAAUCAAUUGCUUCAGUCUCUUUUCUUAUCCCAAGGGGAAAGUAAUAUAAAAACAUGAGUCGAGGAAGUGGUGGUGGAUAUGAUCGUCACAUUACUAUUUUCUCCCCCGAGGGGCGUCUCUUUCAAGUGGAGUAUGCUUUCAAGGCUGUUAAGGCCGCAGGGAUAACCUCAAUUGGUGUCCGAGGAAACGAUUCUGUUUGCGUCGUUACUCAGAAAAAGGUUCCGGACAAGCUCUUGGAUCAGACAAGUGUAACACAUCUCUUUCCCAUCACAAAGUACCUUGGUUUACUGGCAACUGGCAUGACAGCUGAUGCUAGGACACUAGUUCAACAAGCAAGAAAUGAAGCAGCUGAGUUUCGCCAUAAAUUUGGAUAUGAGAUGCCGGUGGAUGUGUUGGCUAAAUGGAUUGCAGACAAAUCGCAGGUCUAUACUCAACAUGCUUAUAUGAGACCUCUAGGAGUAGUUGCUAUGGUCUUGGGAAUUGAUGACGAAAAUGGGCCUCAACUUUACAAAUGUGACCCUGCCGGGCAUUACUUUGGUCACAAGGCCACAAGUGCUGGAUCGAAGGAUCAAGAGGCAAUUAAUUUCUUGGAAAAGAAGAUGAAGAAUGAUCCUUCAUUUACCUAUGAUGAGACAGUUCAGACUGCAAUUGCUGCCUUGCAAUCAGUUCUUCAAGAGGAUUUUAAGGCCACUGAGAUUGAGGUUGGAGUGGUGCAAAAGGACAAGCCAGAAUUUAGAGUUUUGUCCACCGAGGAAAUUGACGAGCACUUGACUGCCAUCAGUGAGCGCGAUUGAGUUAUUAAUAAGGAUAUGACUGUUCAAACUUUGUGAUGUUCAAUUAAAUCAUUUACUUAUUGUCUAGAUUCACUGAUGUUGAAGAUUGUAUUUGCUUCUAUUACAAGUUGGAGCCUGCGAAUCAAUCAUGCUUCUGUCUUUUAUCCUUAAAACAUUGUACAUCUUGUGUGGGAAGAAACUAGAUCGUUUGAGUUGAACAAAGAGUGAGGGCAGUCUUGUGUCGAAAGCGCAUCAUUUUUUCCAGUUUAA